AUGGCGGACGCUCAGCUUAAUGAUUUCCCUUCCCUCUUCUCUGUCAAGGGCAAGGUUGCUGUCGUGACGGGCGGUUCGAGAGGAUUGGGUCUGAAUGCUGCUUCUGCCCUUCUCCAAGCCGGCGCCUCCAAAGUCUUCAUCUCCUCCCGCAAAGCCUCCGCCUGCGACAGCGCCGUCAAGACCCUCAACGCCCUCCCCGGUCUCGCCCCGGGCGCCAAGGCCAUCUCCAUCCCCGCCGACGCCGCCACCUUAUCAGGCGUUCAGCACCUCGUCUCCGAAGUCGCCAAGCACACUGACCACGUCGACAUCCUGCUAGCCAACGCCGGCGCCACCUGGGGCGCGCCCUUUGACGAGCAUCCCGAUUCGGCCUUUACCAAGGUCAUGGACCUGAACGUCCGGGGCGUGUUCAACACCAUCCGGGAGUUUGCGCCCCUUUUGCAGAAGAAGGCGAGCGUGGAGGACCCGAGCCGCGUCAUCAUCACGGCUUCGGUGGCGGGGUUGGGUAUUGGGACGAUUGGUAAGCAAGGGACGUAUGGGUAUAGUGCUUCCAAGGCGGCGGUCAUUCAUUUGGGGAGGAAUCUGGCGGUGGAGCUGGGACCGAGGGGUAUUACUGUGAACAGCAUUUGCCCGGGCUUCUUUCCGACGAAGAUGAGCAAUGGGCUGUUGGAUAUGAGCGGCGGGAAGGAGAGCAUCGCGGCGGCGAACCCGAUGAAGAGGCUUGGUCGGCCGGAGGAUAUUGCGGGCGUGGUGGUGUAUUUGGCGAGUAGGGCGGGUGCGCACGUGAAUGGGGCGACGAUUGCGAUUGAUGGUGGUGCGAUGUGGGCGAAGGGGCAGUUGAAUGUGGAGAGCGCGAAGUUGUGA